UCCCAUAUCAUGAAGCUCUGACCUGAGGCUGCAGCUUUCAAACCUGCUGCUAGACACAACUUGCCCGACUCUUUCAGCCCUUUCUCUGCCCGGGGCAACAGUUUCUCCACAGAUUUGCAUGUAGCAUCAAAUCACGUCUAUAAUUGUAGGAUUGAAACAAGUGACGGUGUGGCUUUCUCAUGAUUCAAGCAUUAACGGAGACAAAACACAGCGUUUGCAGCAACCCGCCCACUGCAGGUACGAGCUUCUUUUAAGACCUGUGAGUGAGUUAAACAUUGCUGGAAAUGUGCACACCGUGUCCUUCCUGACCACGCGGCACACCCACAUCUCGCAACCCGAAAGGAUCAGGAUGGGAGAGUUUUAGAUCUGGAGCAGUCGGGAACGGACAGACAAGCAAUGAAGAGGUUUUUCAGAGCCCAGAGGGACGAGGACUACAGUCAGAUCCAGUACCUGACCGCCAAAUGCACCCGCCUGGCUCAUGACAAGGCAGUGCUGGAAAGAGAAUUUCUGGUGUCCAGAGAGAAGGAGAGGAAGCUGCAGAAUGAACUGGAAGCUGUGACCUCUCGUCUCCUGCAGCAGGAGCAGCUGAACCUUGAGCUCAGGAUAAACCAGGACCGGCUCAUCUGCAGGAUCCGUCAGCAGCAGUGUCUCCUGCAGAUCUUGGUGGACGUCCUGCAGCAACGGAUGGUCCUGCAGGCAGAGGAGAGUCGUCGGGACGUGGAGCUGCUGCAGCAGGUCAACUUAGAGUUGGUGUGUCUGCAAAGCUCCGAGGUGCAGCUGGAGGGCCUGGUGGAGGAGCUGCAUGCUGAGGCCCAGCGUCGAGCAGCGCUGUCAGACAGACUGCAUGCAGAGCUGCGCAGUAAGCUGGUGCAGCUGAAGGAGCUGCAGAAAACCAACGACGGUCUGACAGAAGAGCUGAAGGACCUCCGCAAAACUCAUCUGGAGGAGGUGAAGGAACUGCAGCAGGAGAAUAAAGGGAGCCUGAGUAAGUUGCAGGAGACGGCAGAGCAGUUCGAGUGGCUCUGUCAGCAACAGAAGUACUGGAUGCGUUGUGUCAAAAGAUUCAAAGACUGUCUGAUGGAGGAGAGACAAACUCUGCUGCAUCAGGUCAGCACUUUGGAGAAGAAGGUUGGGGAACAGAAGAAGAGCUCACAUGACGUCAGUUCAACACAGAGUCUUCUGCGCCCUCUAGAGGAAGCAGAGAGGCAUGGCAGUGUAACAUCAUUGGAUGCAGACACGGUGACAGAUCUGGGUUCGCAGGUGGAAAACUCAAACAUGUUGUAUGAGGAGCUCAUUGCACAGGCGGGGAGUCCUAUCAGCAGAUACCAGGAACCUCCUUGAAGACUAACGCCAUCCCAUCUUCUCCCUCCUUCCUCAACUCAGUCGUUUUAACUACUGGAUGUUUGUGGAUUGCCUUCCCGUCUUUGUUUUAAAGAAACCAAAUCUGCAUUGUUUUCCUUCUAGUAUUGUUCACUAAAACCCAUUGAUUAAGCUCCGGCCCCCUCCCCCUUUAUUUUCUUACUGCUGUCCCAUAUGUGCAUCACAUGUGCUUAAAUUUGUCUGGUCACAUUUUUCCAGUAAUUGUCCAUUUUUCAAGACCUUGUAAUCAACACUGCUAAUAGGAGCACCUGAGAAUGUUUUCUUUUGUUGUUUGGCUCGUAAAUCCUCAGCUGGCGCACAGAGGACACAAACAAACACGUUUUUUUUACCGCACCAAAGCGCCAUCAAUGGGUUUUGUGUUUCCUUGUCACUCGGCUUUCUCUUGUGAGCAAUUAUCAGAAAAUCUGUAAAGUAAUUUGGUUCGGAUCAGCAGCGGCUCAUGUGUGAACCAUCUGAUGCACACAUGUU